GAGAGAGAGAGAGAGAGAGAGAGAGAGAGAGACAUCAGAACUCAGAAGUAGAACGGAGAAAAAAUGGCGUCGUCGAAAGGAGGAAGCAGCGGAAGUGGAAGUGGGGGAUUGGAGAAGCUGAGUAUUGAGCAGCUGAAGGUGGUGAAGGAGCAGACGGAUCUGGAGGUGAACUUACUCCAAGACAGCCUCAACAACAUCCGCACCGCCACCUCCCGCCUCGACCUUGCCUCCACCGCCCUCCACGACCUCUCCCUCCGCCCCAAGGGCAAGCCCAUCCUCGUCCCUCUCACCGCCUCUCUCUACGUCUCCGGCUCUCUCGACGACGCAGACAACGUCCUCGUCGACGUCGGCACCGGCUACUUCAUCGAGAAAACAAUGGCUGAGGGCGAGGAUUAUUGUGAGCGGAAGAUCAACUUGCUGAAAUCGAAUUUCGAUCAACUUGUUGAGGUUGCUUCUAAGAAGAAGAGCAUAGCGGAUGAAGCUGGCGCGCUUUUGCAAGCAAAGUUGAAGCAGUUAUCUCCUGGUGCACAAUGAGUCGAUGCAUUUAUAGGGUUUAUAAUUUUCAAUUCCAAAAAUCCAGUCACAGUGAUGUUUUAAAAUGGUUAUCCACCUGGAUACAUAUAUUUUUGGGAUUAAUUCUCCCCUUUGUUUAGUCAAUCAAGUAAAAAAAAAAAAUCCCAUGAUCCAAACCCUUAAAUCAAGUUGUCCUUUGAAUCUAGAAACACAAUAUACUUGAUUAACCUUGUUUUUGGAUUUUAAUCAUCCCUUUUUUCUUUUCUUGCCCCAGCUGCAAGUAGGAUAGCCUUUUUUGAAUACCAUGAACAUGUUCAAAAUUUCAGUUAUGAAAUUCUUGUUU